AGAAGAAGAAACCUAAUUAAUUAAGAUUUGGUCCUCUCUUCUCCUUCACUUUUAUAAAAAAGGGAAAAAACACAAAAAAAAAAUUCAAUUUCCUCCAUUUUCAUUAGUAAAUAUUUUUGGAUUUCCCUUAAUUUUGCUAUAAUUGACUAGUCACCCUCUAAUUUUGUUUAUCUUUUUACCCUCCUCAGGCUCAGUCCUCUCUCGGUCUCUACCACUCCCGUGAUUUCCUUUAUCUUUGAGCAAUUUGUGUUGUUAGAUCUGAAAAAAUUUCAUUUCCCAAACAACCACCCACUCGCCGGCCGACCAGAUCCACCGCCGCUGAAUUCAAAUCUAUGGAUGAUUUUCCUGGUCUCUUGGCCCGGGACUUCGGCUUCAAACCCCAGGGUAAAUCCGCCCCCAUGGCUCCGUCCCGUAAUACCAACACUAACACUAACACUUUCUCCUCUGUCAAUUUCGGUCUCGGAUCCAGUGCUUCUGCUCACUCCCGAUCAUCCUCCGCUUCCAACAAAUCUGCUCCUAUUUUCGAUGAUCAUGAUCACGAUCGCGAUGUCAGUGAUGGUCUUUUGUUCAACGACGUCUUUGGUGGCCCGCCAAAGUAUGCGGAAUCGCGUGGCGGUGGUGCUGGUGGAGGAAUUAACUCCUCCUCUUCUGCAUUUGAUUAUGACUCCAUUUUCAAGGACCAGAAUGCGAAAUCUUCGUCUCUUCCGGUUUUUGAUAAGCCAGUUUAUGAUGAUGAUAUUUUUGAUGGAUUGCCUGGUCUCAAGAGUUCGUCUGUGGGUCCGCAAUCGGCUAAGUUUGAUGAUGCGUUUACUUCGAUCGGUACUGCUUCUUCCCCAAAACGUAGGGCGCAAAACAACAGCUCGCCAUUCGAUGAUCUGUUGGAGAAUUUAGGUAAAAAGGAGACUGAAUCCAGGAGAGAGACUGCCAAAGCGGAUAAGGAUUCAGCUGCUUUUGAUGAUUUGCUUCCUGGUUUUGGUCGCAGUAGCUCCCCUAGUAUUCCCAGGUCAACUUCAGAGUCCAGUCGGUCCCAGAAACCAUCAGCAAAUUCGGCCAGGAUAACCUCCAGUAUAAUAGAAGACCCUUUUGUUGUCUUAGAAUCAGCUUCAACCCCUGCAUCUUCAUCCUCAGGGUUGUAUGUAGACCCAUUGGAAGAAAUUAGUAAAUUCAGUAGCUCUGGAAACACAAAGGUUGAUAAUUCAUCGGUCAAUACAGGAGUAUUUGAUGAUAUGGACUCCUUUGAUAAUCUUGGAAAAUCUGUACCUCCAGUUUCACAUGGAGUCAAUAGGAGAGGAAAAGACAGGAGCCCUCUAAGAACUGGACCAAGCAUGGGUGGCACUUUUUCAACUUCUAGUAAAGAGCCAGUUGACAAAUAUCCUGUGGAUGAAGCUGAAGGCCAGUCACAGAGGAAUAUGCCUAAUGAUGAUUUCCAGGAAUCACAUGAAACAUUGUUUGAUAUGCCUUCUGUUGGUCAAAAUGUCUCAUCUCCUUCAUAUGUGAAUGCCAGUACUAAUGAGGCAAAUUCACCUCCAAGAUCUGAAGAUAUUUCAGAAUCACCUGAUGAUGUGUGGCUUACUGUGUCGGAAGUUCCACUUUUUACUCAACCCACAAGUGCUCCACCCCCUUCAAGACCCCCAAGGCCUCUACCACCUCGGAUUUCAAAGUCAGAGACAGGUUCUUUUUCAUCAACAAACUCAAGGAAGAAGGUUAAUGAAUAUUCCACUUCAUAUUCUCAAAGCCCCAGGUCAGCUCGUGCAACAAGGAGCUCAGUGGCAUCUCAAAUGGACGAACUUGAAGAUUUUGCAAUGGGUAGAACCCAGAGCAAUGUUAGUGAACAUGCUGAUGUUCUUUAUGGAGAAGAUGUGGAUGCAAAUGCAUCUUCUGCUGCAGCAUCUGCUGCUGCCAUGAAGGAGGCCAUGGAUAAAGCAGAGGCUAAAUUCAGGCAAAUGAGAGAAAGGGAGUAUCUAAAGGCUGCUAGAAGUAGAGAAACUGGUCAACUAGAUAAAGAUAUGCAAGAAGCUCAGCAGAAAGAAUUAAAAGAAAGGCAGGAGAGAUUGGAUCGUGAGAGGCAACAAAGGGAAAGGGAGGAGGAAGGGAAAGAACAGAGGAGACUUGAGAAAGAGAGGGAACGAGAGGAGAAAGAAAGAGAGCAGAGGAGGCUUGAGAGAGAGAGAGAGCGAGCAAGGGAGAUUGAGAGAGAAAGGGAAAAGGCCAGACAAGCAGUAGAAAGGGCUACUAGAGAGGCACGUGAAAGAGCAGCUGCUGAAGCACGCCUAAAAGCUGAAAGGGUUGCUGUGGAAAAGGCAGCUGCUGAAGCUCGAGAGAGAGCAGAAAGAGCUGCAGUUCAGAGAGCACAAGCUGAAGCCCGUGAAAGGGCAGCAGCAGAGGCAAGAGAAAGAGCUGAAAAGGCUGCUGCAGAAGCACGGGAAAGGGCAAGUGCAGAAACAAGAGAGAGAGCUGCAGUUGCAAGGGCUGAAGCUGAUGCUAGACAGAGGGCUGAACGAGCUGCUGUUGAAAGGGCUGCAGCAGAGGCUCGAGAAAGGGCUGCUGCAGAUGCUCGAGAAAGGGCAGCUGCUGCCGCUAGAGCAAACCAACAGAGGAAUGAAAAUGAUCUUGAAUCAUUCUUCAGUUCUCGAGCGAGCAGUGCGCCAAGGCCUAGGGCUACCUCUUCGGAUCCUUUCUUUGAUACCCAGAAUAAGGGAGGGUCUGAAGCUGCCAGAAGGACAUCUGUUGUAGCUACAUCUAGCAUGAAGAAAGCAUCUUCAACUGCAAACAUUGUUGAUGAUCUAUCUUCAAUUUUUGGAGCUACUGGAACAUCUGGAGAGUUCCCAGAGGUUGAAGGGGAAACUGAAGAGAGGCGAAGGGCUAGGUUGGAACGUCACCAAAGGACUCAAGAGCGUGCGGCAAAAGCACUGGCUGAGAAGAAUCAACGGGAUCUUCAAGUUCAGAGAGAACAAGCAGAGAGACAUAGGAUUUCUGAAACACUUGAUGUUGAGAUCAAGCGUUGGGCUGCAGGGAAAGAGGGGAAUCUACGUGCUCUGCUAUCGACAAUGCAAUAUGUGCUGUGGCCUGAAUGCGGUUGGCAGCCUGUUUCGUUGACUGAUUUGAUUACUGCAGCUGCUGUUAAGAAAGCUUAUAGGAAGGCAACUUUAUGCAUCCAUCCUGAUAAAGUACAACAAAAAGGUGCCAAUCUUGAACAAAAAUAUAUCGCAGAGAAGGUGUUUGACUUGCUGAAGGAAGCAUGGAACAAGUUCAAUUCUGAGGAGCUAUUUUAAUUCCUGUGGUGAUAUUUUGCUCCAAACUACUUGAUUAGGCAAUCAUACUAUUUAGUGGGGGUGGAAAUGCGCAAUUGUUCCAGUAGAUGUAUUCUUGUAUCUGCUGUAAUUGGUGUUGCAUCAUAUCACUGAUAAAAACGCCAACAGGGGACUUAUCAUUGUAGCUAUUGAGAUACCGGAAGGUUGAAGUAGUCUCGCAUAAUUCAGGUGGCUGUAAAGGUACUUUCCUCCAGCACAGGGCGCCUGAAGGCUGGAAUUACUUCUCCAUGUAGAGUAUCGUUCUGCAUACCCCAAUGGCAUUAGAUGGGGGGUGGGAAGGUUUUUUUCCAUUUUUUUUGUUAAUUCUUUUCUAUAGUUAUAUAUAUUUUUUUCCCUUGUGGGUUUUCUUUUGGUGGUAGAGCAUGAUAUUUUGAGUGGAUACAAAUAUGUUUAUUGAUGUCAAAAUGACCUUACUUCGCUUUGUAUGAUUGUUGGGCUGUUGACUCUGAGCUGUACGUUUAAUGGAUAAAUAUAUUUUUUGUCA